AUGUCUGGAUUAGACAGCAACCCCUUCGUGGACCCAGUAGACACAAAUCCCUUCCAGGAUCCGUCAAUCACACAAGCCACCAGCAGGGCCUCUGAAAAUGCUGGGGAGUUCAACCCAUUCUCUGCAACUGAAAUGGAAACCCACACUGGCAAGACCAUCCCCAUCUCUGCUGCCUCCUCUCAACCCGCCAUCCUGCAGACCUCAGUGGAGCAGAGCGCCCAGGCAAAUGCAGCUGCCGGCCAGGCUAACCUGAUCAAACAGCAGGAGGAGCUGGAGAAGAAAGCAGCUGAGCUGGAGCGGAAGGAGCAGGAGCUACAGAAGAGGAGCGCAGGCAGAGCUCUCAACAGUGGUGCUAAAGAGAACAACUGGCCACCUCUUCCCUCGUUCUCCCCUGUGAGGCCCUGCUUCUAUCAGGACUUUGAGGAGGACAUCCCUGAGGAGUACCGCAGGAUCUGCAAGAGAAUGUACUACCUCUGGAUGUUCCACAGUGCCACCCUCUUCCUCAACGUGCUGGCCUGCCUGGCUUACUUCACUGCAGACGCUAAGUACGGCGUUGACUUCGGUCUGUCCAUCGUCUGGUUCAUCCUCUUCACCCCCGUGGCCUUCGUCUGCUGGUACAGGCCCGUCUACAAGGCCUUCAGGUGUGACAGCUCCUUCAGCUUCUUUUUCUUCUUCUUUGUCUUUUUCUUCCAAGUGGCCGUGUACAUCAUCCAGACUGUUGGGAUCCCCAAUUGGGGAAACAGUGGAUGGAUCGCAUCCAUCAGCAUGAUUGGCACAAACUUGGCUGUGGCUGUGGUUAUGAUGGUGGUGGCCGGAUUCUUCACUGUGAACUCUGUCCUGGCUGUGAUUCUACUGAAAAUGGUCCACGCUAAGUACAGAAACACAGGCGCCAGCUUCACCAAGGCCCAGCAGGAGUUCUCCCACGGGGUCCUGACCAACCAAACAGUCCAGACUGCUGCAACCGAUGCUGCCACCUCCGCUGCCCAGGGAGCCUUUGGCAGGAGCCAGGGAAAUUAGACUGUUUCUCACAUGCUUCAGGCUAGUCUCUUCUCUGACCAACAUAGCCAUGUCCCAACAUUACUUCCUUGUGGUUAGGGGAUCAGGGUUUGACCUAUUUAUGAAAAAAAACAACUUAACUUUUGAGGGAAAUUGUUCUCGCUACAAGAACAUAGUGAAGUGUCCGCUUUUUCCACUUAGUGUUUAAACAUACAGAAGACAAGCUAGAGGUCUUAUACGAGCAUGUAAUGACUUGCAUAUGUCUCUGUUGUUAUUGAACUCUUUACCACCCUCAUCAGUAUGCAGCAAAAUCCCUGUUGUCAUAAAUGUAGGAAGGAGACAGAAAACUGAAGUUGAACCAAACAAGGCAAAGAAGGAGGCAGUGUGGGUUUGAUGAAAAUAAAUUGGCAACCCUUCAUCACAAAAUAACUAACUGGAAUACAUUUAACAAUGGUCGACUAAAGAUGUACGGCGCACCACUGAACAGGGCUGGAGUUAAAGUACAUUUAUUUCAAUCCCUUCACUGUUAAGUACGCUGGCGGGAAGUAUCGAGGAUUUUACUAUCUAACAUAUUGGGGCCUCAUAAGUAAACACUGGGAGGAGUCGGGAUGAUCUAACAAGCACACUUGACAUGAGAAUGUUUCACCGUCAUGGAAUGAUUGUUCCACUUAAUUUAUGAAUACAUAUUUGUGUCAUGACAGCAGGAUGUAGAGCGUUACGGGUUAUGUCAUUCCGCCUUAUAAACAAGUUUAAUACGUACAGUCAACUUUAUAUUACACCACUGGAUGAUCUGUGAAAUGAGAUGCAUCCAUCUCACACUACCAAUGAACACUGUUUUAAUUCCGCUCUAAAUCUUGUGUUUUUUCAUGUGUACAAUACUGUAUAGGAUGAUGAUUAAUGAAGGUGAUGGGGGAUGAAGGUUUUUUCUUUCUACUGUUUUCAUCAGUGAAGUGUGACGAAGAGCUCCUCUUGAGGGCAAAUGAAGAUAUGGUUUAACUGGGAUGGCACAUUUUAGUUCAUGUUGCGUUGUGAAGAAUACCAUUAUGUUUUCUGUCGUAGUGUGGAGCCUUGCUGUGGUUAAAAUGAAAGACGCGGUGCAGGUUUGACAAUGUAAUGUUACUGACGUAUAGUAUAGAAUGUAGGUGUAUUUGCAGUACUUAGUGAAGUGUAUUAAUGAGCAGAAAGAACAAAUUUACCUGUAUAUUAUCCAUAGUAAUUAUACUGCAGACAAAAUGUCACCUGUUACUGAAUAGACACAGAUAAUUCGUAUUUUCUCGCUGCCUUCUACCUACUUGUUGUUUGGUAUUGACAUUUUUACUUGUGAAUAUAUAUAUAUAUAUAUAUAUAUAUAUAUAUAUAAGCUGUGCAAUUCUUAUCUUUCCUUACUGUAACACUGAAUCACAUUGUUUGGGUGUAACCUCAGUGCCUAACCCACCAAUUCCUGUGUGGGAAGUUGAGCACAAGGCUCAGUGUUUUGUCCGACUUUUCUUUUUUGUGUCUUGAUAGAGAAAAUAGUUUUAUGGUGAAGUUUCCCUUCGACGAUCAGAAUGUGUGUUCUACAUAUUGGUGACUAAUUUAAAAUAUAAAUUACUGGAGGGGUAUUUGCUGGAAAUUGUUUCUCAGUCUUAACAUUGAAUAAACUAUCAUUUUAAUG